AUGGCUCUUCCCCACCUCCGCUGCUUUGAGGAGAGGUGUCAGCCUCUCGCCAGCCCUCUCCUCGUGCUGUUCCCUGGGGAGCUGGGCAGGUCCCCUUGGGAGCGUGGACGUUGUUCCUCAGCCCUGGGGAGCUCCCCGGAGUCUCCUCCGAGCCAGGCUCUCCGCUCCUCUGUCUGCGCAGCUCCUGGCUCCAAGCAGCAGCUUGACCCGUUGUGGGGCCGCGAGGACAACCCCCAGCUGCUGGAGUACGUCUCCACGGAGCCCACGACACCUCACCGGGGCCAGGCCCAGGUCAUUUUCCGUAGCACAGAGUGCCUGAGGGGGCAGGACAAGGGCAGCAAGUUCUCCCCGUUCAGGCUGGAUGCCCAUGGAGUCGGCCCAGAGGCGGUCCUGAUGGAGACCCUGCUGCUGCCUAUGGGGCGCACCAUGAGUCAGGAGGAGGUGCAGGUGCUCAUGAACCAGACUGUGCAGCAGGUCCUCGACACCCUGAGUGUCUCAGCUGAUAGAGCCCAGCAUCUGCUCAUUCACUGCAAGUGGAACAUGGACCUGCUGAUCGAGCGCUACACCGAGGACCCCGAGCUGCUGCUGAUUUCCUCAGGGCUGCAAGUGCAGAACCCCCAGCCACCCCCGAGUCCCGUCACCCACUGUCCGGUGUGUGUGAGCCAGCUGUGCCCGGACGACAGCCCUCCCACCCUCUGCUGCAUGCACUACUGCUGCAAGUCCUGCUGGAAUAAAUAUCUGACGACUUGCAUCGAGCAGAACCUGGUUCAGAAUUGCACCUGUCCCAUCCCUGACUGCCCUGCGCAGCCCACCACGGACUUCAUCCGCUCCAUCAUCUCCUCCCAGGAGGUCAUUGCCAAGUACGAGAAAGCUCUCCUGCGAGGCUACGUGGAGUGCUGCUCCAACCUGACCUGGUGCACCAACCCCCAGGGCUGCGAUCAGGUCCUUUGUAAGGAGGGACUCGGCUGCGGAGAGGCCUGCUCCAAGUGCUGCUGGAUAUCCUGCUUCAACUGCAAUUUCCCAGAGGCUCAUUACCCGGCCAGCUGCAGCCACAUGUCCCAGUGGAUGGAUGACGGUGGGUACUAUGAAGGGAUGACGGUGGAAGCCCAGAGCAAACACCUGGCCAAACUCAUCUCUAAGCGCUGCCCCAGCUGCCAGGCUCAGAUAGAGAAAAACGAGGGCUGUCUACAUAUGACCUGUGCCAAAUGCAACCAUGGAUUUUGCUGGCGUUGUCUCAAGCCCUGGAAGCCAACGCACAAGGAUUAUUACAAUUGUUCUGCCAUGGUGAGCAAAGCAGCUCGGCAGGAGAAGCGUUUCCAGGACUACAAUGAGAGGUGCACUUUCCAUCAUCAAGCGAGGGAAUUCACUAUGAACCUAAGAAACCGAGUUUCUGCCAUCAGCGAGGUGCCGCAGAUUCGAACCUUGACCUUUGUUGUGGAUGCCUGCAAAGUCCUGGAACAGGCCCGGAAGGUACUGGCUUACUCCGCUGUCUACAGCUACUACAACCAGGACACCGAGAAGAUGGAUGUCAUGGAGCAGCAGACGGAGAACCUGGAGCUACACACCAAUGCUCUGCAGAUCCUUCUGGAGGAGACUCUGCUGCAGUGUCAAGACCUGGCCUCCUCCAUUCGGCUGUUCAAAGCCGAGCAUUUUAACACUGGCCUGGAGCUGGUGCGCAGGAUCCAGGAGCGGCUCCUCGCCAUCCUGCAGCACUCCACUCAGGAUUUCCGCGUCGGCUUCCAGGCCCGGCCAGGCUCCGACCAGAGGGAGAUGAAGUUGUCAAAUGUGCCUAAUGCCACCCCACCUUACAAAGAGCUGAAGUUCGAUGGGGCGUCCGACUCCCCUGACACAGACGAGGGGGCCAAAGAGGAGGAGGAGGAGGAAGAUGAGGAGUACGUCCCGGAGUGGCAGGAGGAGUAUGAUGAUGAAGACCUUGAUGACGACAACUUUUCCUAUGACGAUGAAUCGGAGAAUCUAGAGCGCGAUUCCUUCUUCUUUGACGACGAGGAUGAAGCUUAUGACUAGAGGUGGCCCCCGUGCUGCUGAGCCCAUCUUAGAGCCUAACGUGACACCACCUCUCCUCUGCCAGCCAGCUCUGCACACACCACCACUCCCUGCUCUGCCCCAGCCAUGCUCGGGGGCCCCCAAACACCAGCAGGGGCUGUUCGCUAGUUUCCAAUAAAGGGAAGUUUCCUUUUAGGGCUGGUUGCUCCGUGACUCUGUUGAACUUGCUUGGCCACUGUCCCUGGGCCCAGGUCCCACAAUGCCCUUACCAGCCCUGGCAAGAGGGGAUUACCUGUUACCUCUGCUCCUUUUCCAGCACGUACCCUCCAGCAUACGGCAGGCCCCAGUGGAUCUCAGCAGAGCAGCAGCUGGCAGCCUGCAAUGGGGGCAGCUGUUUCCUUGAAGGCCUGGCCCCUGGGGAGGGUGGACAGGCCCAGUUGGGGGUGUGAAGAGAUGCACUGUGUGCAGUGCCCCAUCCCUUCCCCAGUAAUAGCGUUCCCACCUGCCUGGCUCCUGCCGUCUCAGCCCGGCACGCCAGGAAAUAGCAUCUCCCAGCCCAGGGGCGGAUCCCACACGCGGACUCCUGGUGCCAGCAGUGCCUCUGGAAGUAACGUACUGCCUCUGGCCCUGGGUGAACUCGCCGGUCACACUCGGUGAGUGAGAAUUUCACAGUGCGGGGCCGCUCCCAUCCGCUGCACUGCAUCUUCCAGAAUGGGGGCAGGCCCGGCAGGGCAGUGCACACAGCAGCAGGGGGAGGUGGGGACGGUUCUCAAACUGAGUGUCCAAACUGGAGCCAAAGUGCCCCCCGGAGCUGCCUGGGGGCUGGGCGCGGCCACCCCGGCCCGGCCCGGCUGUGUGUGUUUUGGGCCUGGAGGGGCGCGUUGUCUGUAACUGCAUUUUUGCUCAUUUAUCAUUGGAGCUGUGGCCUUUUCUGGCGUGAAGGGGGGUCGUGCGGGAAGGCUGUAUAGAUAGUAUAAAUAUAUAUAUAUAUAUAUGUGCAGAAGCUGUCAUUGUUCACAGAUUAUGCUUUAUCUUUCUGGAAAAGAAAAACCCUACAGAUACAACUUCCGUUUAUGAAAUAAACGGCUUUUCUUCUA